AUGGCGGUCAGAUCACUGCGUGUGGCCGCAGCGUACCGGGACUUUUGCCGUGCGGUACAGACGACCUUUGCAAACGACUUCUCAGCACAACGCCAGUUGAGGGCCGAAACGGCCCGCACGCUUCGGAAGCACGCGGCCUCGAUGUCCGAGGCAGACCUGGUCAACGAUCUGAAGUCGGGUACUGACAUGAUCCGAUACGAGAUCGUUCAGGCAUCCUUGAAUCCAGAGACCAACACCUACCGCGCGCACGUCAACCAGGACCACCUCUCCCGUGGUGACGUGCUGAACCUCCUCACACCCGAGGAAGCCUUGAAGGGCGGCAAAGGCGGUGCCUAG